AUGUGGUUGAUGUUGGGUUUUCAAAGGAAAAAUAGUUGGCGUGUGAAGCUUGUCCAUAAUUCUAAUGGAGACGGUGGUGGAGGCUGUGGCCGUGGACCUCGUGGUUGUGAUGACAUCAAGUGCUAUGCAUGUGGUGAGCCUGGUCAUUUUGUGCAGGCUUGUCACUCAAAAGUUGGUACACGAGGUGUAGGAAGCAGUCGUUGUCUUAGUCGAAGUCCAAGACGUUGUACGAGUCGAAGUUAUAGGAGUGAUGAUGAUUUAACCGAUGAUGACUCGGAUUACGAUUGUCAUGGGGGGUAUGCUGCCUCCAGGAAGCCUUCUUCUGCAUCUCAAGUUCCUUUAAAGAAAAGAUUGGAUCCUGCUGAAUGUGACGUUGAACUAGGUCAGACCCACAUGUUUGACGCGUGUUUCUUAUAA